AUGGCAAUCGUAAAAGUUGAUCCAACGGAACUAGAAGGUAUCCAACAUGAUGGAUACGUAAACAAUGAAGGAAAUAUCACGUUGGCCGCAAGACAAGAAAUGGCAAUCGUAAAAGUUGAUCCAACGGAACUAGAAGGUAUCCAACAUGAUGGAUACGUAAACAAUGAAGGAAAUAUCACGUUGGCCGCAAGACGUUCAACAAUAUAUUUGCCCAACGAGCUCUUAUUUAAAAUCUUGUCGUAUUAUUUCGAUUAG